AUGGCUUCGAAGCCUGGGGAUGAGGUCAAGGCCGCAUAUCUGACCUUCUCCAACAACGCGGCUCUCCACGUCCUUCUUCCACGCUCUCACGAAGUUGACGCGUCGGCCAUCCUGCGCGAUGCUUCCCUCGAUGAUCUCCAGCGACUGCCGUCAAGACGGAACCUCUUCUUUGACGAGAGAGCCCAUCUUCUCGUCAUCCUCAAGGCCGAAAUCCUCCAAGGAGACCUUCAAUCUCUCCUCUCGAGUCUGGAACUGACAUUAGCCGCCCAUGCCACAGACGCUGUUCCUCAAGGCAAUGGAAAUGCCGCUUCUGCCUCUGGAAAGCAUGACUUGACCUGGAAGACCGUCCCCUUCUCCGAGGCUGUGGAUGUGGUAUCUGGCGGCGAACACACGUUCGUCAUCUGGAAGCCAGAGCUCGACCUCCCUCGGCCACGCGCGAGACUGCAACGGCCGGCCGUCUAUUUCACCGUCCAUCUCUCCCUGAGCUCUGACAUCUUGACUUCGUCGAAGAACGAUCGCUUGCUCUAUCUCGACAGUCUGGAACCACUGCCUGCAAAUGUCCUGGAGGCUCUGCAGUUCACGCCUUCUUUAACCGGCACGACGGUAUAUCUUCCGGAGAACAGACUCACCAAAGUUGCCCCAACCACCACAAGAGGCCAGGAUGAUGUCAAACCAAUCAGGGGCGCCUCGAAGCGUGCAUUCCCCAUUGUGCCUGCAUUGUUCACGCGGAUUCGAUAUUCUGGUCUGGCAGAUUCUGCCGUUGCUAGCCUGCACCUUGAGACCUCGCAAGUUAUUACGGGUUCCCUCUUGAUCAAAGAGGUCAAGCUUAGCAGCCCGGAGGCUCGAGUGGAAAGUCUCAACCCACAGGCAUGGCCCAUGCAGUCCUUCGCCGGCGACGAAACCGUUCUGCUCUUCAAACUCGUCAAAUCAACGCUGGCUGCCAAAGACACCCCUUCAUCCAUCACCGUUCGCAUCAACGCUACAGUCACACAGGACGAGAGUCAGACCGAUAUAACAGUCAACUGGCAAACCACAGUCGAUCUAUCCCAACCCACCCCGAAACCCACCUACACAUGGUCGCGUCCGCUAAGCGCAUCCACAAUCAGACCUCCCGCGCGUCCAUCAUUCCAGGGCGACUCCAAAGCCGGGCCCCUCGACAUGCCACAAGCCUCUUCUCCCUCAGAUUCAGGCAUUACUUUCCACAUCUGGACAACCUCCAUCAUCCCCCUCCGCCUCGACUUCAAAAUCUACGUGCAGUGCAUCAACCGCAGCGAUCGCACGCGUCGCUUCGCCAUCGUUGUGCUGGAGCCGAAGAAACGCUCAAUGCAGAUCCAAGCCAGCUCCAGCACCGGGAAACACCACGACCUCGUCGCCAAGGUCUUUGACUCACCCUUGCAAGCGCAGCAACCGCCGGACGUCCUGGAUCUCAAUCCUGACGUGCGAAUUGGACCGGUGGCGCCGGGGGCAUCUUACGAGACGGAGUUGAAGUUCUGGGCCGCGACGACGGGUGUGCUGGACUUGGGCAUUCUACGCAUUGUGGAUCUGGAUACGAGGCAGACUGUCGACGUGCGAGAUUUGCCUGAUGUGGUGGUGCUGGAUCCUAGUGCCCCGUAG